CCAAUCCUCAUUGAUUCAAGCAGUUCAUAUAUUUCUGGUGUAUUAUGAUUAGCAAAAAAUAUCCAGAAAGGUUCGAUGGAACUGCCAGCUGCCAUCAUUAUUUUGGAAGGACCACCUGGAUGAUUGUCUACAAAAUUUGUUAUAUCAUACACUCCUUUUUUAAAUAUUACCCAUAUUUGAUUGUGUUUAUUAUCAUGUUUUCCCACUUCUUCUAAAGUAUAUGUAUUUAAAUCUGGCCUAAAUUCUCCACAUUGCACAUCAUUCUUAUUCAAUGCAUGUAUUUCUUUAUGGAACAUAUAAUAAUAACCAAAAGUUAAUAUAGAUGCACCGAGAGUAAUAUAUACAGUAUCUAAUAAAUAGGAAUUGUAUUUAGGUGCAUUUCUUUGUUUAAAUGUUUCUUCGUUUUUCGAUGAAUAUUGUCGAUAUGGCUCAAUAUAGUACUGUAUACAAGUUUUUAAUGACUUUUUCAAGAACCUGAAAUUAUAUUUUGUUACAUGUAUAAACAUUAUAAAAAAGAUAUCAAUUAUGACAAAUGUACAUACUUAUUCCUACAGUAGUAUAAAAGCCUCAUAUUUGAAAUCAUGGCUGCUAAAUUGAUACAAUAAUUGUUAUCUUCUCAAAUUUUAUACGUACAUACCUACGAAAAUGAAAAUAAAUGUACAAGUGCCGGUAAUGAAAAUAGAUCCAUAUGAAAUAUACAUAUAAGACUUAGUUGACUUACUCUUUCGUGCAAUGUACUAACAUCAAGUUUAUUAAAUUCGUAUGUUAACGAUUUCUGUAAGUAAACUAUAAAUUUUUUUUCGAUUUCAGUUCUACAGUACUUUUUUUGGAAUGACAUGUUGAUAUGUAAUCGAUUUGUAUUAUGUACAGAGUACCUCAGGUUUGCACGAUUUUUCUAUUUCCCUUAGCUUGUGCAAGCAUCCCCACCAUUUUACUAUGCAUCCAAUCCGUAGUGAAUUUUAUCUUAUCAUUGAGUCGUCAGCCAAUCAGAGCAAAGCAAUUUUUACACUUAUUCCCGGUAACGGAGCGCGCUGCGACCGGAGUGUCUUGCAAAACUUAAGGUAUUAUUGUAUCUGUAUUUCGAUGAUGAUGGCUCCUACGGCUCUCUGUCAUUCUCGAGCGACGGUGUUUUCGUAAUUCCUCACCUUAUUGUUUUUUCUUACCCUAACCCAGAGAAUUUUCAAUGGAAUAUUUAAUAAAUUAAGUACAAAUAAUAAUAUAAGUACUUUAAAGUACAAUUAUAAGACCGUCCUUCGAAUGAACAUAGAAAUUCUUUAUAUGUUAAGAAAUUAGUUGUUUUUCCAGUGAAAUGAAAUAAAUUGAACAAGUUACGGCUAUGGCUAUGAGAAAACGGAGUGGUUCUGGCUCCAAACGCCAACAUAAGGGGAAGCUUGUACCUAUAUAUGAAAGCUUUUUUAAAGGAGAAGACUUAACGUUAGCUCAUCCAAAUUUUUGGAAUGAACUGUUCCUCAUAAAACCUAUGGUUCCACACAUUGAAAGUGAAAUUUUACAUAUGACUGCAGAACAAUUAAAUGCAAGUAAAGAAAACUUAAAUGCCUUGGUGUGCCAUUGUGUGGAUACACUAGUCGAUGAACACCCUUUCAGAGUUGUAUAUGCUCUGCAAACUUUAGCAGCUGUUAUACAAUCUAUGUAUAAGAAAGCUAGUCAAGGAGAUUGUGGCUUCAACUUAAUCGAUAUCCUAGUGGGAUUUGAUUCUGCUGAACAACGAAUGACAACAUUAAUGCAGCAUUGCAAUAAUUUUUUAACAGGUGAAUACCCUGAUAGCUUAAAAGCUUUAUGCUUAAAAUUGUUGUUAAUUAUUGUAACUGGCAUGGACAAUGUUAGUCAAAACACUUUGUUGGAGUAUGUUAUGCUUAAUAGUGUUUUUGAAUCUCUGGUUCAAUUGCUGAGAGAUACAACAGCCAGAAGUCGUCAUGGCCAUGAUGCAGUGUUGCUCUUGACACUUCUAGUCAAUUAUAGGAAGCAUGAAAGAGCAAAUCCCUAUAUUGUUAAAUUGUCAAUUUUAGACGAUGAGCUAGCUCUAAACGGAUAUGGUCAAGUAAUAUCGAGUUCCUUAAUGGACUUUUGUAGGCAAUUUGCUCAACAAAGGGCAGAAAUACAGGCAUCUUGGCUGUCUUCCUUCACUAAUAUAGUAGGAAGCAUAUUUGUUGGAGAAGAAGAAGCAAAAACGCAACAAGUUCGAGCAAAUAACGCAUUGUUAUUAGCACUCUAUGAGUCCACACACUUAAAUCGUAAUUUUGUAACAACUUUGGCUUAUACACAAAGCGAUACAAGUGCUCCACCCUCUCCAAACAAUACAUUAGGGCCAAAUGCGGUGGCUCCUGGAGCACAGUUGUCAGAUGUGAUGGCUCAACCAUUUAAUUUGUUAGCGACAUUCUUACAAUAUUGUUCGAUAGUUAUGCAAGUAAUCAGAACAGAAGCAAUAAUGAGUAAUGUCAAAUUGUGCUUCCUUAUAUUAAGCUGUAUUGCGGAAGAUCAGUAUGCAAAUAGUUUGAUGCAUGAUGCAAACUUGGCUUUCAGAGUUCAACUUCAUAGAGUACCAAUGCAUCACAGAAAGAUCCAAGAUAAAACAGCACCUGUACAACCAUUAGCUGCUACAUUACUCGAUCUACUUGUUGAAUUCAUUACGUCGCAUAUGAUGAAAAAAUUCCCGCUCGAACUUUAUCAUCAGUGCAUUGGGGUUUUACAAAGGCUACUCUGUUACCAAAAAAGAUGUAGAGUCCGACUUGGAUAUCAAUGGAGAGAUCUUUGGACAGCAUUGAUUAAUCUGCUCAAAUUCUUAACCACCCAUGAAAGCCACCUCAUUAAGAAAAUGAACAUCUUCCCAUUAGCCAUUCAGGUUGUGAAUAUUUUAAAUUUGUUUAUUACUUAUGGAGAUACAUUCCUAUCUUCACCGAGCAGUUAUGAUGAAUUGUUUUACGAGAUAAUACGAAUGAGACUUAUUUUCACAAAUUUAAAUGCAAUGGCACUCCGAUAUUCAACGAGCGAGGCUUACGAGUACAAAGAGCAUGCCAUGAAAUUAACAAAUUCCUUGGUAAACAUGCGAGACAUAGUAAAUCAUUUUCCACCAAAGAUAGCUGCGUGGUUGGCCAGCGAAAGUUUGUCUACUCCGACAGAACAACAAAUUCUAGCGAUCAUCAUACAAAAUUAUGAUAGCCUUACGUUGAAAUUACAAGAUAACUUAGAUCAAUACGAAAGAUACUCCGAAAAGCCUGAUCACGUUGCAUUUUUCGAAGAAAUGGUAACUGGAGUUGUAAUUGAUACAAGAGGAUCGAUAGACUUGAAUGCAUUAGAUACGCACGCUAUAUUACAGGAAUUAUCGAAUAUCUCGUAACAAAAGUUACGUACAAAAUAUGAAUUGGGGCCUGUGCAUCAAUUUGUUGUCAUGAUGUAUUAUAAUGUAUUUUUUUUAAUACAGUCAGCUUUACAUGUAUUUCUUUAACAUUUCAAGGAACGUAGUUUACGAAGUUGUGAAACAUCACAACGUGAUAAGUUUUCUCAUUACACUAUAUUUCUAUGAAUUUGUGUAUACAAGGUUUCAAGAGUUAUUAAAAUUUAAUAAGUACGAAA